AUGCCGAGUAGGCAUAGAAGAAAGUCGUCGAAGAAGCGAAAGCACCGAAGAUCGAAAGAUAGGAAGAAGGAUCGACGGAGCAAAAAGGGUGGACGGCACAGGGAUAGAUCGCGUAUGAAGGACAGGAGGCGUUCGAAGAGUCCGAAGAGUCCAAAAAGCCCAAGGAGCCCCAAAAGCCCAAGAGGAUCGAAGAGACGAAAAUCGUCGAAGAAACAUCGUAGACGAGACCAUGACAAGGAUGAGCGUCGACAUAAAGAUUCGCAUUCGCGCAAAAGGUCCAAGAAAAAAGGAGAGUCACUUCCUGACAUGACAGCUGCGGCAAGGAAUGAGGUACAGUCGCAGUCACAGAGCAAGGCGUAG